AUGACUGGAGCGGCGUGGGCGCUGGCAUGUGUCGCCUUGCUCGGCGUUGCCUCGGCAGCUGUGACGCAGGACAGGAUACUCAACUGCGUUCCACCGACACAGCCGCACCCAGGCACCGGCAAGACCUGCCGCUCCAUGGCACUCAUUCAACAAGGUGAUGCGCACAGGUACACAUACCACGCAGAAUCUCCCGGAUCCCAGGACAUCCUCAUCACCGUGGCCAGUCCCAAAGCUGACAUCACUGUGCUCAGCGCACUCGGCAUACCGCUUGUCGCCUCUGGCGUGCUGGGGGACAACCAGUUCAUGCUCAGCAGGGCCGCGCAGGAGUCGGACCCAGGCCCUUAUGAGCUGAUAGUCCGCGGCGUCGUGCCAGAGACUCAGUACACUGUCUCCACCACGGUGCACGAGCGGCGCCGCUGCCUGGCUGGCCGGGACCGCAGCGCCCUCCAGUCCGUCCUGGAAGGCCCUGGCUGCUGCUCCGCACCCGGCUCCUGCGCCCGGCUGAGGGCCGCGCUGUCCGCUGAUCCUGCCCAGGACAUGUGCGACCAGCCUGGCAGCCUGUGCGACGAUGCGGGCCAGCUGGUCAAGCUGGACCUGUCUGAUCAGGCAGGCGCGGGGGGGGGCCUGGAGUGCCCCGUCCCGCCCGGCCUGGCCAUCCUCUCCGCCCUGCAGCACCUGGACCUGUCUGGGAACAACCUGUCCGGCUCCCUGGAAGGCGCGCUGCCCUCGCUGGGCGCCCUCCCGCGCCUGCGCCACCUGCGCCUGGCCCACAACCGGCUGACCGGUUCCCUGCCAUGCGACCUGCUGCGCGAAGGCCUGGUCUCCCUGGACCUGGCCGGCAAUGCGCUGACGGGGGCGGUGCCGGCGUGCUACCUGGCGUCGCCCAGCCUGCGCGAGCUGUCCCUGCGGCACAAUCUGCUCCAAGGCGACCUCCCCGCCCCGGGCAGCCAGGCGGCGUUGGAGAGCCUGCAGGCCACCCACAUGGGCCUGACAGGCUCCGUGCCCAGCUUCCAGGCGGCUUCCAGGCUGACCCACCUGGACCUGCAGCACAAUCGGCUGGAGGGGCCCCUGCCCGCACUGCCCCCCAGCCUCCUCUCGCUCUCGCUGCAGGGCAACAUGCUCAGCGGCUCCAUUGGCGAGGGGUGGGUGGCCGGCCUGCCGGCCCUGCAGUCCCUUGACCUGGGCGCCAACUCCCUGACCGGCGGGCUGCCGGAGGGCCUGGCCGCCGCCCCCCACCUGCGCAAGCUGCGCCUCGCCCGCAACGUGCUGUCCGGCCCGCUGCCCGGCGCCUGGCGCGCCUGGCGCCUGGCGGCGCUCGAUGUGAGCGGCAACCGCCUGGCCGGCGAGCUGCCCAUGGGCCUGGCCCGCCUCCCCGCCCUGCGCUCCCUGGCGCUGGCCAGCAACCGCGGCCUCUGCGGCGACGUCGCGCGCUUCCUGGCGGCCGCGCUGGCGGCGCGCAGCCCGCUGCGCGCCCUGGACGCGUCCUGGACGGGGGUGGGGUGCGGCGAGGAGGGCCUGCCCCCCUCCCUCGCGGCCCUGGCCAUGUUCAGGGGCGGGGAGGCGGCCCAGGGCCUGGCUGUGGUGGGCGGGGAUCCGGCCGACGUGUUCGAUGCGACCGACGCAGAGGCCCCGGCCAGCCCGCGCGGGCGCCUGAGCCUGCGCGGCACCCGCGUGCGGGGGCCUUUCCCCGUUUGGGUGCUGUCUGCCCUGGCCAGGGCGGAGGAGGGGCAGGGCGUGCAGAUCGACCUCGCGGCCACAAGCACCUCCCUGCCGCGCAAGCCCAGCGCGGAGGGCGGCGAGGCGGCGGCCAGCGGCGCCGUCGCGCGCAAGCCCAGCGUCAAGGACGACGAGUGCGGCGGCAUGCGCGGACACGAGCACCCCGCGGACGACGGCGACACGCCUCGCAUCCGGGCCUGGGUGUCGGCCGCGCCGCAGGGCGCGGCCAAGCCGGCAGGGGCCAAGAAGGACGACUGA